AUGCCAAAGCUGAGUCCUGAAAGCGCCUUCCGGGCGCUGAGGUAUCUUGUGAGGGCUUUGAAGACGGAGGAGUGGCCCUGGAUGAAUGACACUGAGGACUUCCCAUUCCUAGAUUCUGCACUGCAGAAGCAGGCAAUGGAUACGAAGAAAAGGAAGAAUUUGAAGAAAAAAGUGGAGUGGAAGAAGGAGAAGCAGCAGAAGCUCAUGGAAAAGUCAGAAGACCCAGAGCAGUCAGAUGCCGAGCACCCAGCCUCACUGCGGCAGUGCCUGGGGCCUGACUGUGUGCACCCCACCCGGCCAGGCUCCAAGUACUGCUCGGACGACUGUGGCAUGAAGCUGGCAGCUGACCGCAUCUAUGCGAUCCUGCCCAAGCGCAUCCAGCAGUGGCAGAAGAGCCCUUGCAUUGCUGAGGAGCAUGGCAAGAAAAUGCUCGAGCGCAUCCACCGUGAGCAGCAGGACACCCACACCCGCCUGAAGGACUUAGAGUGCCAUUUCCAUGAACUUGAGGCCAUCAUUCAGCGUGGCAAGCAGCAGGCUGUGUGCAAAGAUGAAGAGAGUGACAAGCAUGGCAGGAACAGCGUCAACCUGCAGAUCUUCUGUGUCUCCUGCGGGCAACCCAUCAAUACGCAGGUUGCCCUGCGCCACAUGGAGCGCUGCUUCGCCAAGUAUGAGCGCAAAUCGCCCUUCACGUCCAUGUACCCCACUCGCAUUGAGGGAGCCACAAGGCUCUUCUGUGAUGUUUACAACCCACGGAGUAAGAGGUACUGUAAGCGACUCCAGGUGUUAUGCCCUGAGCACUCGAAGGACCCCAAGGUACCGGAUGAAGAAGUGUGCGGUUGCCCACUAGUGAAAAACGUCUUUGAGCCCACCGGUAAUUUCUGUUGCCUCCCCAAACGCUUGUGCAAUCACCACUACUGCUGGGAGAAGCUGAGACGUGCCGAGGUGGACCUAGAGCGCGUGUGCAUGUUGCUCAAGCUGGAAGAGCUGGUUGAGCAGGAGCACAAGGUGCGCACAGCCAUGAAGAAUCGGGCAGGGCUGCUGGCCCUGAUGCUUCAUCAGACAACCCAGCAUGACCCGCUCACCACUGACCUACGCUCCAGAGUAGACAGCUGA